GCUUGUCUGGAUGGAAUGUGACGCCAAAGCUCCGUGAGUGAAGUCUCGCGGAGUAAAACACCGGCCAUGUUUUUCUCCAUGUAUAGCAGGGCACUUUGUGCUCGGGUAGUACAACCGAGAGUGUUGCGAUCACUUUGAUAAGCCUACAACUUUUGCCAAGUUUAAUUUUAUUAUCCAAGUAUCAAAACUUACUACAAACAUGACACAAACGAUGUUUGUGUUUACCGCUGCAAAGUUUUUCCGCUGACAUCCUUGUCUGGAUAGAUACUUGUGUCUAAACUGUCGCACAAAUGGAAAUGGUGCCCAACGAGGAGAACCAGUUCGUACCCAAAGAGAUCCAAAAUGCAGCUGAGGAGCCCAGAGUGCUGUGCAUCAUACAGGACAUCACCAGUGCAAAGACGAUCAAUGAGAGGCUGACUCUCAAUCUGCCUGCUUCCACCACCCUCUCCAAACUCUAUGAAGAUGUUGCCCACAAGGCAGGAUAUGUGAAAGCCACGUUCGACCUGGCCUGGGGAAAUACACCGGACAUGGCACCACUGGACCACAGCAGUGCGAUGUCCCUCUCAGAUUCUGGUUUUGAGCCGGGUGGUAAGAAGAAUUUCCUCCAGCUCACAGACAAAGAUGGAGAGCAGCCCCAGAUUGCAUCGGACGAGUCAGGAACAGCAGAUAGCAGUGGACUAGAUGACAGCUCCCAGGAGCGGUUUAUUGGGCCCCUGCCUAGAGACGGCACUGCAGGCUGCAGCAGUGACUACAGCAGUCCAUCUUACUCCUACUCGUCCAUCCUCAACAAAUCUGAAACCGGUGAGGCUUUGUCACCUGUUGAAUGUGUGACCUCACUACUUUUUAUACAAC